ACACGGAGCAGCAGGCGAGAGAGCAUUUAUUAUCAGCAGGAAAGAGGAGGGGAGGUCUCAGGGGUAGGAGGGAGGGGGCGGGCGCUGUCGUCAACGACGAUAUUGUCAGUCACAGUGGCAGGCCAGCUGAAACCUGAAGGCCCCUCCCACAUAAGGAGGGAGGCGGAUGCUGCCGCUGCUCCUACUGCUGCUGCGGCUCUUAGCAACAGUGAUCCCCGGCGCCCUGAGCCCGCACCUCCUCAGCCCCCUAUGGACCUGCCCAUCGAAGGCCACACACUGAGGCACUACACCCGCUCCAGGCCCAGACCCAACCGCCGGAACAGCAAGCCGCCCAGCAAGCCCCAGGAGCAGGCAGCUGAGAGUGAAGAGAAUGAAGCCAAUGAGACCAUGGGUAGGGUGGAUGAGGGAGUAGAGGAGUUCUUCACUAAGAAGAUCAUCCCUGAUGACCCGCUAAAAGCGCAGAGGGAGGAGGUCCCUUACAAAGCACAACCCACAGAGUCGACCUCCACCACCCCUGCCCCUCCCAGCACGUCUGCCCCGGCCCCGCCCUCCUCUACCACCACCACCUCUAUCACCUCCUCCUCCUCUUCCUCCUCCUCCAUGACCGUAACAACCACCAACACUACUACCACAACCACCACCCCUUCCAACGCCCCCUCCAAAAACAUCAAGAAGAAGUUUGGGGACUUCUUCGCCUUCAAGAAAGUCCGUGCUGGCCGGGGGGCGAAGGGCGAGGGUGGGCCGGAGGGCAAGGUCAAAAAGACCUCCAUCGCAGAUCUAAUCAGACCACUCAGGGAGGCAAAAGAGAGGGAGAGAGAGAAAGAGCGGGAGAAGGAGAAGGGGAAGUUAGAAGAAGAGAGUGGUGCUAAGGCCACCAGUGUUAAUGAUUCUGAUGCCACCACAACAGUAAGAGCAGCAGAGGACAACACCAUGGCUCCCGCCCCACCCUCUGAUGUCCCCAGCGUCCCCACAUCCCUGCCCACCAGCACCCCCGCCCAGGAGGAGGUGACAUCUGUGUCCCCCAGCGCUCUGACCCCCAGCCCCAUCAUCAGCCCUGUCGGUGGGUUCCUGGCGGAGAGGGAGAAGAGCCGGACCCUGGAAAAGAGCAAGACCCCAGACGGGGAGAGGAGACUGAAGGCCACACGGCGCUCCCUCAGGGAGGGCAAGUCCCAGUCCCUCAUCCUGCUGACAGGCCUGGAGGAUGGUGCUGCCGCAAACGGAAGGAAACACGCAUCUGAAUGCACAUCCAGCUUUGAACAGCGCCUCCACGUCAUGCUCCACCGUAUGGGGGUGGCCAAGACACCACCCGCAGACACAAAGACCAGCCAGAACAAAGAAGAGGAGCUGAGGAAAACCAACUCCGAAGGUGCAAUUCUUGAUAAAAAACCUGAACCCCCACCGACGUUCAUGAAGCCUCGCACUAUGUCCACAUCAGCUUCAGACACCAGGCGGCCAAUCAGAGCAGGCGUGACAUCUCUGGAGGCUCUCAGAACAGACAAGCCCCUCCUCCCAGGACGUCCCAUCGGACCCCUCCCUCCCAAGCCCACAGUGGCAGCCAAACCCCCUCUCCCAGCCCCCCAGCAGCACCCUGCUGCCGCUAGGACGUCCCCGGGGGUCCCCCGGCAGCCCAACACAGCCACAGCCCCGGAGACCCAGACCCAGCCAGCAGAGCCAGAGACCUCCCAGAGCCAGACCCAGCCCCAGCAGAGUGAGGUCGCCAGCCCUUACUCCCGCAAGGAGACUCCCCCUGCCCCAUCACCACACAGGGGCCCCAGCUCUCUGGAGAGCAAGGAGCGUGCUGUGAGAGCACAAUCAGUCACUGAAGAGAGCCUUCCUAAACCCCAGUCCCGCAUGAAGCCCUCUCCCCAGCGGAGAGCUGUGUCCGUCUACGAGGACUCCCUCCGUGAACAUGCUGCUCUACUGGACCCCAAAGAGCUGAAGGCAGCGUUGCCACGGUUGCAGAAGUCACCAGUCCAGAAACGUACCAACCUGGGGGAGCUCCCUACCUGUAGUGAGAACCAGCAAGAGGGAGAGGAGGCAGGUGAAGUGGGGGAGAAGAAGGAGAAGGAGAGGACUGGAGAGGGUGAGGGGACGGACAGCCGGCCGGUAACAGAGGACAAGCCAGGGCCAGGGCCAAGCCCAGUGGGGGCCGGUCAGGUAGAGGGAGAGAGCACAGCAGAGAAGAGAGGCGAGACGGUCUCACAGCAGCACACAGCGCAGGCACAAACAUCAGACCAAAGAACUGAACCCCCCCUAAUGGAGAAACACAUGGACUGACCUGCGCAGAGUCUAUUUUCUAUCAUGUCUACCUUUGCCUUGCACGCCAGAUUAUGUAAAAAAAUUAAAAGAAUUAUGAACAAAAUGUUUUAAAGAGUGUAAAUCCAUACCUAUACUUGUUAAUAAUGAUUAAAAAGUUGAUUCUGAAGUGUC